AUUUUAUGUAUUGCAUAAAAAUGUAUUUUAAUAACUAACAAAAUUUGUUUCUUCUGCCAAUUAAAAUGGUAUAUUGAAAAUAACGAAUCUCUUUCAUAAUCUUAAUAUUGGUGAUACUUCAGUUAAGUAAUGUAAUAAGAAUUGAAAUCACUACAUUAUUGGUUUAAAAGCACUCUGUCACAAAAUUACACAAUUAAAUAUGGUAAUAUAUUUAAGACUAUGCAAAAUACAAUACAUAAGACUGAAAUGUCAAAUAUAAAUACUAAUAUUCAACAAUUUCUAAAGUAAGAUAUCAAAAAUCAACUUAAUAAUAUAACAAUAUAAAAUUGAUUAUCUUUAUUUAGUUUUACUCAGAAAUUGCAUGAUAAUUUUUAUAAUAAAGUGAUAUUAAGAAAUGUUUUUGGAUAUUGGAAGAUCUACGUUAUACACAAAUUACAUGCAAGAAGAGCUAAAUAUAAAGCAGAUUAUUUUUAUCACAAAAAAUUACAGAAAAAGGUUUUGAAUGCGUUAUCAAAAAAUGUAUUAUUAAAAUGGAAAAAUAUUGUUUCAUUUAUGGAUAAGUGCACUAAUGACGCUAUAGUUUCUGUCAAUUAUAAAAAAGCAGAGACACAUUAUUCUAAAUCUUUAUUGAGAAAUUAUUUUAAAUAUUGGAAUAAUUGUGUUUCAAUGACAAAUAAGAAAGGAGCCUUAUUAGAAAAAUCCGUUGCUUUCUACAAUAUAUAUUGUUUGAAAAACUGUAUUAUAAAUUGGAAAUUAUAUGUAGCGUUACAAAAGGAGAAAAAAAUUAUAAAAGAUAAAAUUGAUAAGGCACGUAAAUUUUAUGCAAAGAAAGUUUUACAAACUUUCAUAAGAAUUUGGAUUAAUAGUUGUGAAUUUAUAUUACAAAAAAAUAAAAUAGCACAUGCAGUUAUGCAUUAUAAAAGUAAAUUGUUAAUAAAAUAUUUUGAUGCUUGGAAAAUAUAUCAUGAAUACAAACUAAAGAAGUUAAAUAUAGAAGAACAUGUUUCGUGUGUAAAUGAAUCCAUCACGGAGAAGACAAUGAAUGAAAAUGUCGAAAUGUUUUACAACUUCAAACUUGUACAAAAGACAUUCUUCGCAUGGCAAGACUGGUAUAAUAUGAGUCUACAAAAUUCAAUAAAAAAUCAUGAGAUUAGAAACAUAUUUGAAAACAGAAAAAAGAGUAUAAUGUUCAAUAAUUGGCGUUUAUAUAUAAUUAAAAAAAAAUGCAAAAGAAGAAAGAUACUUACAGCGGACAAUUUUUAUGAAAAAAAAUUGGCAAUUAAAACUUUAAAGAAGUUUUAUGAUUAUGCUGCUUAUAGAAAAGGGAAAAGAAUUAGAUUAUCUUAUUUAAACGAUAAAAGUAAGGAAAUUAUGCGACGAUUGCAAUAUAUUUACAUAGAAAAAUGGAGAAAUGCGCUUUACAGUGUUAUACAAGAGAAACAAAAGUUAUAUCAAGCGAUUCAAUUUUGGGAAUUGAAUGUAACUCGUAAAUACUUUUCCAAUUGGAUAGAAUUUUCCCGACAGUACAAAAUAAAAAUGGUUCGUAAACAAGAAUUAAACGAGAUUGCCAUUCGUUUCCUAUUGAAAAGAUUCAUUUUACAUUGGCACUCCAAGUUACAAGAUGUUCUCUAUAUACGUAAAAAAGAAUUUCUUGCGAUUUCCAUGAUGGAACACAAAAUUUUGAGAAAGUACUUUCUGCUUUGGGAACAGUAUAUUACACAAAAAGUGAAAAUGAACGAUGAUGUGAAAGCGGCAAUGAAAUUACAUAAACAGCUCUUGUUACGAGAAGGACUUAAAGAAAUUUUAAGAAAUUCCCUUUAUAAUAUCGAUUACCAACGUGAUUUACAAUUAAAAAAUGCAGUAAUGAGGUCAUUUCAAAAUUUUGAAAUUUUAAAAGAAUACUUCGAUAAGUGGCACUCAUUCGUUUAUUUAAAAAAGAAAUCAGUACCUGUCUGCAAAAUUACAGAUAGCGAUGAAUUUCAAUUUAAACGUAUUCAAAUUCCAUGUAAUAAUAGAUAUAAUAAUUUCGAAACUUGCUUAGUUUUACCAGAAUAUAUGAUGAAAAAAGAUACAAUUUUAAAUGCAUAUAAUUCAUUUCACAAGUUUUCGCGAAAAAGCUGGUUAUUUGAUUCAUUUUAAUCACUUUAGAAUAACAAUAUCUUAAUUAAAAAAGUACAGUAUAAAUAGUAAGAAAUAUAUCUCUAGAAACCAUUUAUUAUAUAUAUGUAAGAUCGUAAAUCUUGGGAUAAUUCAGGGAUCGAUUCUGUAGUCUGAAAAUCGAGAAUCGAUUUUCAACGUCCUGAGCUACCGAUCUUUCUUCUUCGGUCUUUAAAAUCUUAAAUAACUAUUCUGUAACCUUGUCUGUCUCUAAUAUAACUCUCUGUCCGUCCGUUUGGGAAAAUGCGUGCCUCUCAAAAAUGGUUGUCCGUAAAACAAAAGAGGAUCGCUCUGUCCGUGAAACAAAGCCUGUCGUGCUAUCCGUAAAACAAAAAGAAUCCCUAUCCCAUGUGAACUCUAGGGAGUUUACAUAUAUGUAUUUUAGAUAUAUAUAUAUAACCUCAAAUAAUAAUUGUAGCUGUAAUAGUAAUAACCAACGAUUGUUUUUUUAGUUAAUUUGUUAAAUAUGCUCUUGAAUGUACUACAGUUGAUUUUAUAAAAAAAGACAAAGUAUGCGCUAUAGCUUCAUUAUUUGAUAUUAAAUAGAUCUUUCGGGGACAUGAAAGUACGAUCAAGAAUACACGAAUUCGACUUCAUCGACGAAGAAAACGGAACUUUUUACCUAUCUUUACCUUUACCUGAUAAGGCAGAUUGCAAUAAGCUUCUUGCUGUGAGAGCUAUUUGUUUCAGAUAAGAAAAUAAUGCAUACAUCUACGUGAUAUAUCUUUUAUUACGAAGUUCAAAAGAAAAAAAAAAAACAUUUGAUAUUACAUUUUUUUUUGUUUCGCAUUAAUACAAAAUACAGAGGUUUGUAACCGAUUACUAGUAGUGUUUAACGGAAACGAUAAUAAAGAUAAAGAUGGUGAUUCUGCUGUAGUCUACUCAACGAGAAACAUUCAGAAAGAAAUUACACUACGUUGAAACUGCGAAUAGUUUGACACAGUGGAAGUAGAAAAAAUAAAGUGUGUUUUUCCAUUUCUUUUAGGAAAUUCUUAUUUUUUUUUUCUUUUUGUUGACUCUUCCAAUUUACCGGAGCUUUACGUAGAUCAUUGUUGUUAGACAAGUAUAUAUUGAUAAGUAGAAUUGUUUCACAAACAGAAUAAAAAUUACCAAUUUUUCAAACAGUCAUGUCGAUCGAAAUGAACAACUUAAUAUACACGCCUGAGGACAAAAAUCUAUUAUAGAUUCUACUACUUACGUAUAAAUUAAAUGUUAUUGAUGUAAACAUCCCGAAUCGACAUAUCGUAAUAGGAAAAAAUAAAAUAAAUUUAUUAUAAUUA